AUGGCGGCGGGGUCGUCGUCGGGGUGGGGGUGCCGGGAGCGGGCCGGCUCCGGCCAGGAGAAGUACCGACUCGUCGUCGUCGGGGGCGGCGGCGUCGGAAAGUCGGCGCUCACCAUCCAGUUCAUCCAGUCCUAUUUUGUCACAGAUUAUGAUCCCACAAUUGAAGAUUCUUAUACCAAACAGUGUGUGAUAGACGACAGAGCUGCUCGGCUAGAUAUUCUGGAUACAGCAGGACAAGAAGAAUUUGGGGCUAUGAGAGAACAGUACAUGAGGACUGGAGAAGGUUUCCUUUUGGUCUUCUCAGUCACUGACCGAGGAAGUUUUGAAGAAAUAUAUAAGUUUCAAAGACAGAUUCUCAGAGUGAAGGAUCGUGAUGAGUUUCCAAUGAUUCUAGUUGGUAACAAAGCAGAUCUUGACCAUCAAAGACAGGUAACACAGGAAGAGGGACAACAACUAGCGCGACAACUAAAAGUCACAUAUAUGGAAGCGUCAGCCAAAAUUAGAAUGAAUGUAGACCAAGCUUUCCAUGAGCUCGUCAGGGUUAUAAGAAAAUUUCAAGAGCAAGAAUGUCCUCCUUCGCCAGAACCAGCACGGAAAGAAAAAGACAAGAAAGGCUGCCAUUGUGUCAUUUUCUAAGAAUCCCAUGAGUUCUAGCUCUCGACUGCCAGAAAACCCUUCCUUUCCUCCCUCCAGUUUACAUCAUUUUGGGUAUCUUUUUAGCCUUAGACAUGCAUGUCAUACAGCCACCAGGUUAGCCUUAGUCGAAGAAGCUGGAUAAAUCCAGUCCUUGAAGAUGUUCUGGCCAUUUUUCAGGACAAACUAAAACAAAACACUAAGGCUGCUUCUCUAAAACCACAUAUUUCCUCUUUUUUUCUUAAAAAAAAGUUUUAUAAUUUUCAGGGUUUACGCAAGUCUUUACUCAUCAAAUAGAUGAAGCAGCCCUGGGAGCCAAAUUGUUUGCCAAGGUGAAGUCAACUUCUCUGAAAUAAUUCCUUCGUAACUUCUGACACCACCACAUCAUCUACUCUCAUCCUAAUCUGGGCCUAAAGAGUUCUUUGAGACAAACCAAAUGCCAUUUGGCUUUCUCUUCCUCCCCAUCAACUAGAAUUUUGAUUUCAACUUCUUUGCCUUAAACACACUGAAUUAUGUCAGCAAAAAUAAGGGUCUCAGACCUGGUAAUGCUGCGGCUUUGGUUUUCCAGUGGCCAAAACACAAGAUAGUCUACUGUAUUUAUUUUAUGGAUCCAGUACAGUUGUGGGGCUAUUCCUACUACUAUUACUAUUAUUAUUGCUAUUGUAUUAUUGUUCUUGUUGUUAAACACUUUGUGGCCAAACACCUGGGCUCAUUCUGGACUUAGCCAUUUUGGUUUUUUUUUAAGAUGUUUUCAUAUCUGUGUCAGGGGAAAACUAAUCAUGCCUGUCUGUCUUCCUUUGAUGCAAGUGUUUCUGGGUAAGGGAGUCAAGAAAACUGAAACUGUAGUUGGUUUUUUGUUUUGUUCUGUUUUGAUGUAAUAUAAAAAAAAAUGGAAAUGAUCUUUCCAGGGCCAGAGAUGAUUAAAUGUUUUUGCUAUAUACUUUUAUACAUUAUUUUCUUAUCAGACUAGUUAACAAGUAUUUUUAUAUGUUUGUAAACCAAUAUGCUUUCACGGCAUAACUUGUGUAUAUGUAAAGAUGAGUAUUUAAUUCUCACAGUUCACUUUUACCUGACAAAAAUCAUGUGUGGAAGUUGCCAACCCUGUACGGAACUUUUUUCCGUAGUGUUCUGGUUUUGCUUGACCCCCCCACCCCCUAAACCCCCCAGUUCUCUGCUGGCCAACCCUAUUAUACAGAGUUCAACUAACAGGCUGGAGAUAUUGAAAAUCAUUUCCGGUAUCCCUUCCUAGAGAUGGAUCAUUUAAACGUUGAGUAUUAAACGGUUCCAGACUUUUUACUAUUAGUUUAAA